AUGGAUGACAAGCAUCCCCUCUUCAUCACCUUCAAACCCACUGAGGAGGACAACAGAGCCAGCACCAAGGCAGAACCUGGCACAACCCCUGUCCAGCCCCAGGGACACCACGACGGACACGGCAGGGUCCCUCCAGGCUCCUGUUCAUCCCCACCAGGAUGGGCCCCACUGGAGGGUGACCCACAUCCAGAGCUGGUGGCCCUCCGUGCCCGGACGAGGUUGUGGUUUGAGCAGACACAAGCCCAAGGUCUGAGGGCUGAGGGGAAGGUCCCUACCUGGUUCCAUGGCUUCAUCACCCGCAGGGAGACAGAGCAGCUGCUGCAGGAUCAGCCCCAGGGCUGCUUUCUGGUUCGCUUCAGCGAGAGCACCGUGGGCUUCGUCCUCUCCUACAGGGGCAGGGAUCGCUGCCGGCACUUCGUCCUGGACCAGCUGCCCGACGGGCGAUACGUGAUCCUGGGGGAGCAGAGUGCCCACGCCAAGCUGGCCGAGCUGCUGCAGCACUACACCACGGCCCCUGUCACACCCUACCACGAGUUCCUGACCGUGCCAUGCACCAGGGAAGAUGAGCCCCGGGGAGGGAUGCAGACCCCAACUGGCAGCAACGCCGCGUGUUCCCCACGGAGCGAAGCACCAGCAAAGCUCCUGGAGCACAGCCCUGUGUCCUGGGCCCCCCCAGGAGCCAGGCAGGGAGCCUCAGCCCACCCUCAGCCCGCAGAGCCCGACGGGGACUCCCCCAGGGAG